AACGGGUCUAUUGAUUCCCGGAACCAUGAACGCCGUGAUUUGUGUACCGCUACAAUCCGCGAGCAGUUGUUUACCGCUGUGAUCCUCCUCCUCUCGGAUCUCCCUCGCGAGUCGCGCCAGAUAUCCUCGCACGAGAUAUCCCGGAACGUGCUGUGCGCGAGAUCGCGAUCGGACGAUCGUCCCCCGAGAGCGUGUGCUACCGUUGUGAAGUGUGUCAGUGAAGGGACAAAGGGUGUCACGUAAGUGUGUGCGUCGCGCGAGCCCUCGGGAGGACUCGUCACUCGAAAAAAAAAAAAAGAGAGACUUCGACAGGAAAAUUUUUGAGAAUUUUGGGGGAGAAAUUUUCUCGCAUGUUAGUGAUCGACCCAUCUUCCGCGCGAAGCGAACUUUUUUAGAUGGUUAAAAGAGUAAAGAAAAAUGAUAAAAAGCGUGAAAGAAAAAAAAAAUAAUAAACGAGGUUCUUUCUUGACGGACUCUUGGCAGGUUUUGCGAAAGUAAAAAAAAAAGGAAAAAAAAACGGUCAUGCUAUUAAAAAAAUAAAAUUUAUCCGUAACUCAUCAUCUCUGCUUUCAGAAGGAGUGCAUAAAGAGAUAAAUAAUAACUAGGACGAGGCAGAUUCGCAGUUCGAAAUAAGAAAGAAAAAAAAUUCCUCCGUGCUUUCAGAGACUCUCUUCUAGACCUCGGCUCCCCACACGUGGAGCAGCCUCGCUGCCUGUGUCUACCGGUUGCUACAUAAUCUCGAGGACUGUUUGUAAAGCCUAGUUUACUCGUCCUGGCCAGAUAGCUGGCCGAGCUUAGCUCGGUCGUGCCGUUGUCAUGUGUCCCCUUGAUCGAUUUGUGUUAGGUGUAAGGGAGCUGGGUGCCAUAGGCACCCCGAUCGAAAGCUCCCGGGACAGUGUGGACCUUCUGUUCGAUUCAGAAUCCCCGAACUCUCCUUGCUGUAUACUAUAUAGUCCUUUGCUACUGCGCUAUUGUCGUAAGAUGCAGAAACCCUUGCCUGAUCCUCCAGCGAACGGUCCAGGUUGACCAUGGGUAGCAACACAGACGGCGACAAUCUGAAUCUCAGCUGUGGCGAGAACGACAACGGCGAUGAAUUGAGGAUCGCCGCGGACGAGACCUAUGACACUCGCAGCGAGAUCUCCUCCAGCAGCUCCAACACAAGCAACUCCAGUCAUCCUACCAUCAGCACAGUUUCCAGCAAGUCCUCGCGCGGCGACAACAAGCGCGGCAGGAGAAACAGGAACAAGCGUGGUAGAUCUAGUAGAGAUUCCAAGUCGUCCAGUCCCGAGCCUAAGCGAGCCAGGUCCAAGGAGAGCAAGGGAACCACCAAGAGCUACGACUAUGCCACCAAGUUGAAUUACUUAUUUAGAGAUGCAAGAUUUUUCAUCAUCAAGUCCAAUAAUGCAGAGAAUGUGACACUGUCCAAGGCCAAGGGAGUGUGGAGCACAUUGCCGCAGAAUGAAGCAAACUUGAAUCAAGCCUAUAGAGAAUCGCGAAACGUAUUGCUGGUGUUUUCCGUGAAGGAAUCGGGAAAAUUCGCCGGCUUUGCCAGACUUAGUACAGAAUCGAGAAGAGAUGCUGGUCCAGUUUCCUGGGUUUUGCCUCCUGGCUUAUCAGCAAAAGCUUUAGGUGGUGUAUUUAAAGUUGACUGGAUCUGUAGGAAGGAAUUACCGUUUACAGCUACGUUACAUUUGUACAAUCCUUGGAAUGAUGGGAAACAAGUUAAAAUCGGUCGAGACGGCCAGGAGAUCGAGCCUAGAGUUGCCGAGGAAUUGUGUAGACUGUUUCCAGAAGAUGAAGGAAUCGAGAUGACACCUAUUCUGCGAAAAUCCAAGGAAGCAGGAAAGCACGUCGUAAAAUCGUCGCGUUAUCGCGAUAAGAGACCCAUAAGCAACUCUAGAUUUUUACGAAGAGGCGGACGGGGACGUAGACUGUUCUUGACUUCGAGAUCGCGUUUAGCUUCUUUAGCCAGAGGUUCCCAUGGUGUUGCGGGGGAUCACAGAGGAUCCAGAGAUCACUCCUAUCGAUACACACCAUGGUUCAAUCGAGGAGAUUCACCUUACACAAAAGGUUACGGGGCUGGUCUAGGCGUCGCCGCGGUUGCAGAAGCUUAUGUGGCAGAUUACAUGCGUACCAUGCAACAUCAGUUGCCACCAUUGCCACCUUAUGGCCCACAUCCAUAUGAUACUUUGCCACCACCUCCUCCACCACCAAGAUAUUAUGACGGUCUGCCAUUGCCUCCGGAUUAUAGCGCGACAGCGUCAGCACUGGAGAAGCGUAGUUAUGAGAGGAGCGUCGACGAGUUCUUGUGGAGAACGGCCAGUCGUCACAGUCGACACAGCGAUCAUCGCUCCUCGCGCGAUCAUCACAGAUAUCGAGAUCGUAGAUAAGAAUUGACUGUAAUGUUUCCUUAUCGACUCGUCGAUU